ACGCCUUUGGAAAGGUGGAAAAAAAAAAAGGUGUUCUUUUUGAGAAUUUUGUUGUUGCCAAUUUUGGCAUUAUGACAUUCUUCUAAAGAGCUUAUGUUUGGCUUAGAGAAAACGAAACUACUGAUUUACCUCACGGAGAUUUGUUUAGAAGGGUCUGAUAGAGUGCCAUGUGGAGGGUCAGACAUGUCCGUCACAUGCAUUCAGCAACUUCAAGACAUUGAGUUUUGUAAAUGUUGGUGUUCAACAAACAGCUUUGCUACCUCCAAGAGAAUCAAUAGAGGAUAAUAAUGAUGACAGAUUAUGGUCUGGUACGAAAAUAAUAGCAGUAACAGCAGUUGUGUAUUGCAGUUGCAGACAAGAUUGCUCAGUGGUGUAUCCAGAUUGAGCAUUCAACAGUGAUAGUGCCAAAUCUCACCCAUUUCAGGUAUGGUGUGUUAGAAACACUUUGGUUUGGAGCUGAAUUUAUAAUGAGUUUCUUUGUCACAUUGAUGAGGUAAAAAUUUCCCUCCUUUGCUAACCUUUAUGACAUUUUGGUAACCAUUUGCUAAUUCAGCAUAGAGGAAAGAGUAGAAAGUGUGGCAACUUUUUUGCUAAAAAGCUUCCUUUGGCAUCCCACUCAACAAGAUACCCUUUUAGUUUGUGAAAAAUUUUCUGACUUGCAAUGUCACAAUCUGUUGUGUAAAAGGGAAAAAACUUCAGAUUGAACAAAAUUUGAGGUAUUUGCCUGCAGCUUUUCCCACAGAUCUAAGCAUCUUCUUUCAUCAAAAUUUGCACAAUUUUUGAAGCAGCUUCAAGCAGUGAGUGUAUUCUGAGUCAAUGAUCAUGGAUAAAGCAUAUAAACAUCAAAUCUGUUCCAUGCUAUGUUCCAAUUUGGUCAUUUUCCCAUCUAUCACCAUGGUUCUUGUUCUGGUCACAUCAUACUUUUUCUCUUCAACUUCUAAACCCUUCUUCCCUUUCCUUCUCACAAUACCAAUUGCUCUAUUAUCCACCAUGUUUCUUGUCACACUUAUAAGGAAAAUAAGGGACAAAGCUGAAAAUCUAAUCCAAAAUGGGCUACAGCCUUUGCUGGAUGUUACUCAUAGUGAGGUUAACCAAGAAAGUGGAACUGCAGAGAACCAUGAGGAUGGUGAAUCUGAAGCACAUUCAGACUAUUUAUUUCCAUCAGAUUGUGAAAGCAGCAACUUCUCUAUCAUGGAUGGAACUUUUGAGCUGAAUAUUGAAGAGCAUAGGCUACAAGAUGAUUUGCUGUCAGAUUAUUCUCUUCCUUCAGAUAGUGAAAGCAGUGAUGGCUCAAUAUUGGAGGAAAGUUUUGAGAUGCAUCAGAAAGGAAAUCAAAAUGAGGAUAUUUCUGAUAGCUUGGCUUCUGAUGAGGAUUAUGAGGGUGAAGAUGAAGAGGAUAGUCUGAUUGAAAUCAAUCUUCCAAGCAGCCACUUUCCUGACUUGAAUGAAGAUCCUAAGCAAAAGGUGCAAUCAAAGUUGCCAGAGUUCAUGCCAGAUUCCAUUUUCAAGCAGCAAGGCCUAAUGGAUCUCUUAGCAGAAUUCAAUGAAAUGAAUGAGGAUGAAAACUUGAUUGAGAUUGAUAUUUCCAUGGGAAUGCAGAUUUCAGAUUGAAGCAGGAAUUGGCAUAUUUUGAAGAUGGAUGUAUUCUUAGUGAUUGAUCUAAGUAUUUUAACUCCUUUUCUUGUUGAUGUUGAACAAGAUUUUGUUCUUACUAAUAAACUUAGCAUUUUUAUUUAA